CGCAGCGCGGGCAAGGAUGGCUCGGCAGCCCCGGGGCUUUCUGCAGGAGGCCUCUCACCAAGUCGUCGCCGGAGGCUCGGCGGGUCUUGUAGAAAUUUGCCUGAUGCAUCCCCUUGAUGUAGUGAAAACAAGGUUCCAAAUUCAAAGAGGGAAAACUGAUCCAACCAGUUACAAGAGCCUGGGGGACUGUUUUAGGACUAUUUUCCAACGAGAAGGAUUACUUGGCUUCUACAAAGGAAUACUUCCUCCCAUUUUGGCUGAGACACCUAAAAGGGCAGUGAAGUUUUUUACCUUUGAACAAUACAAGAAGCUUCUGGGAUAUGCAUCACUGCCACCAGGGCUGGCAUUUGCAGUUGCUGGCUUGGGAUCUGGGUUGACAGAGGCAGUUGUGGUUAACCCAUUUGAAGUAGUGAAGGUUACCUUACAGACCAAUCAGAAUGCUUUCACAGAGCAACCAUCUAGCUUUGUUCAAGCUCAGCAGAUCAUUAAAACCGGUGGCCUGGGCUCUCAAGGACUCAACAAAGGCCUCACUGCAACCCUGGGCCGUCACGGAGUGUUUAACAUGGUUUACUUUGGAUUCUACUUCAACGUGAAAAACGUUCUUCCAGUCAAUAAAGAUCCAAAUUUGGAGUUUUUGAGGAAAUUUGGAAUUGGGCUAGUCUCAGGAACAAUAGCCUCAAUUAUUAACAUUCCUUUUGAUGUUGCAAAAAGUAGGAUUCAAGGACCACAGCCAGUUCCUGGAGAGAUCAAGUACAGAACCUGUUUUAAAACUAUGGCAACAGUCUAUAAAGAGGAAGGAUUUCUGGCUCUGUACAAAGGCUUGCUUCCCAAGAUCAUGAGGCUCGGUCCAGGUGGUGCAGUGAUGCUUUUGGUUUACGAAUAUGUUUAUGCAUGGCUUCAGGACGCAGUUAAUCACAAGGAGCAUUUCUGAAAAAAAUACUCUUUAAAAUUGCAUGCAUUCUAAAAUACCCUAUAAUAAAGCAAAAGUGGUUCUUAUUCUUUAUGGUGUUGA